AUGAAAAAACUUCCGACAGGCCGCCGUUCACAUCGGAAGUCCAGGGCAGGAUGUUUACAAUGUAAAAGACGAAGGGUCAAGUGCGAUGAGGAAAAGCCUCGUUGUGGCAAUUGCGGGAGACAUGGUGUCCCUUGCUCUUUUGCCAGCCCCGUGGAUUGUAAUGCGCAACCCGAUCUCGUCGAGUCACCAACCUCGUUGGAGUCGGUGACCUCAUCUUCAGGCAAUGCAGACUUCGAAUCUGUUCACAACUCUUUACCAAUUUCAUCACCGAUACCAUUGUCAACAGCGCCGCCCAGUUUGGCCAUCUUUGAUCUAGAACUGCUUCAUCAUUAUGUGACUUCGACAUGCUAUACAUUAUCGCAGGCUCCAGCUGUGCAGGCGGUUUGGCGUGACCAGGCACCUCGCGUUGGCUUUUCAACGCCACCCGUGCUGCACAGCUUGCUUGCUCUCUCCGCGCUGCAUAUGGCUCGAUUCGAUGAAGCCCGUCGAGUGCAGUGCCUGGACUACGCGCAAAAGCAUCACGCCCUUGCCGUAAAAGCCAUCGUGCCAUUUGUUCCGACCCUCGCCUCGGACAACAUCUCCGCCCUUUUCCUUUUCUCUUCUCUCACGUGCAUUACCUCCUGUGCUCAGCCAGCAGGAUGCAAUAGUUUCCUUUUCUUCGAAGGCGGAAAUCUAACCGAAUGGGCUCGUCUGUUUCGGGGGACCAGAACGGUUAUCGCGUCCAAUCGUGCGGACCUGAUGAAAGGAAUUCUAGGACCUAUUAUCAUGAACGGAUCUCACCUGGCGGCGGCCCAUCGCGAGCCACAAGCACUGGAGAUAGGAAGGCAGUAUGUUUGGGAAUUGAGACAUGUUAUACGCACGGAAUGUCCCGACCCGGCGAUCCAGGCAAUCUAUGAGGAGGCGUUGGAUGUAUCGGCGCAGACAUUGAGUGUAGCCCUAAAACCAGGGGCCACCCGGAGGCUGGAAACUGCUGAUAUCUUUCGAUGGCUGUUUGACGUCUCCGAUGCAUAUCUGGUGCUGCUCGGCCAGGAAGAACCCAUUUCGCUUGUGAUUUUCAGUUACUGGUGUGUAUGCAUUCGCAAGAUCGACUGGAUGUGGUGGCUGGAAGGACUCAGCGAGCGCAUGAUGUUGCAAAUAUAUGCGACCUUGGACCCGAAAUACCAUGACUGGCUUCGCUGGCCCCAAGAAUUUCUCAAUGGAGACGAUUAA